AUGACGGAAGACAUCGUUAUCACGGAAUUCCAGUUGCAGCAUCUCAAUAAGAUGCUUGCAAAGCUCACACCACAAGAAAUUUUGCAAUGGUCUCUUGUCUCAUUCCCCAACUUGUUCCAAACUACAGCCUUCGGUUUGACAGGACUUUGUAUCCUCGAUAUGUUGGACAAAUUGGAUUUGGACCCUGUGGAUUUGGUAUUCAUCGAUACUCUGUACCACUUUCCCCAAACCCACGAUCUCAUAGCAAAGGUCAGAGCUAAAUACCCAAAAUUCAAGCUCCAUAUUUAUAAGCCCAAGGACUGCGAUACCGCUGAGGAGUUCCAGCAAAAAUACGGCGACGAGCUUUGGUCCAAGGACGAACUCAAGUACGAUUUUCUAGCAAAGGUGGAACCUCUCCAGAGAGCAUAUAAAGAACUGAAGAUCAAGGCCGUGUUCACGGGAAGAAGAAGGUCGCAAGGAGGGGCACGUUCACAACUGCCCAUCAUCGAAAUUGACACCAAUCUCAAUGUGAUCAAAAUCAGUCCUCUCGCAAGCUGGGAUUUUAAGAUGGUUGAAAGCUACAUCAAGGAACAUAAUGUGCCGUACAAUGAGUUGCUGGAUCUUGGGUACAAAUCAAUUGGAGAUUGGCACUCGACGGAGCCAGUUGCCGAUGGAGAGGAUGAGCGUGCUGGAAGAUGGAAGGGCAAAGCCAAGACAGAAUGCGGGAUCCAUCAAACGUCAAAGUACCAGCAGUUUCUAAACGAGGUCAAGUAG